ACAGAAGGCAGACCCUCCCUCGCUCCUGCGCACAGCUUCUGCGCCGAUUUCUUGAGGAGCGUACGCAGGCUCAGAGGCCUCGCUUACACCCUGGCUCCGCCCAGCUCACUCCUAGGGGGCGGGACGAAGGGCGGCGGUGGGGGAAGAGGCUGGGCUGUGGCUGCGCGCGUGCGCCGAAAAGACCUGAGGGGCAGGCGCACCGUGGCGGGCCUGGCUUAAGCGAUUUCAGACAAGAUGCAGGACCCCAAUGCAGACACUGAGUGGAAUGACAUCUUACGCAAAAAGGGCAUCUUGCCCUCAAAGGAAAGUUUGAAAGACCUGGAAAAGGAGGCAGAAGAGGAGGAACAGCGAGUCCUUCAGCAGUCAGUUGUGAAAACAUAUGAAGAUAUGACUUUGGAAGAGCUGGAAGAAAAUGAAGACGAGUUUAAUGAGGAAGAUGAACGUGCUAUUGAAAUGUACAGGCAGCAAAGACUGGCUGAGUGGAAAGCAACUCAACUAAAGAAUAAAUUUGGAGAAGUUUUGGAGAUCUCAGGAAAGGAUUAUGUUCAAGAAGUUACUAAAGCCGGUGAGGGCUUGUGGGUAAUCUUGCACCUUUACAAACAAGGGAUUCCCCUCUGUGCCCUCAUAAAUCAGCACUUCAGUGCACUUGCCAGGAAGUUUCCUGAUGUCAAAUUUAUCAAAGCCAUUUCAACAACCUGCAUACCUAAUUAUCCUGAUAGGAAUCUGCCUACGAUAUUUGUUUACCUUGAAGGAGAUAUCAAGGCUCAAUUUAUUGGACCUCUGGUGUUUGGUGGCAUGAACCUGACAAUAGAUGAGUUGGAGUGGAAACUGUCAGAAUCUGGAGCAAUCAAGACAGAUCUGGAGGAAAACCCUAAGAAACCAAUUGAAGACACUUUGUUAUCCUCGGUGCGGUGCUCUAUCCCCACAAGAAGGAACAGUGAUUCUGAGGAUGACUAAGACUAUGGCCUCGGUAAUGUGCCAAACUUCCUUGAUGUGACAGAUCAUCUGGAUUUUUUGAAAACGGUUAAAGUAGAAAUGUCUUUGGCUUUUAGCCUUUUAUAAUUAUGUUUCAAAUCUCAUAGAUCUCAGAAAUCAUUACUGGGAAUCCUAUUACAUUUCUUGGAACUCCCUUUUUAAAUUAAUAACAUUUCCUUAAAAAAAUAAAAAAAGAAACCAGCUGCUGGUAUGACAGACGUCUAUGUUUUCCUCACUUGUAUUUUAAGCUAUAAAACUGUCUAUUCACUAUUUGUCCACAUUUAACUAUAUAAGAGGAAAUGUGGAGUGUCUUUUAAUAAUGUGAGGAGGUUUUACAGUGGAAAAUUGCAAACUAAGUUUUGUAGUCACAUCAUUUAUUUUUAUUUUAUAAGGCUAGCAAUAGAAUUAUUAAAGGAAUGAUUGAUAGGAAAAAUCCUAGUAUUUGUCCUAUUUGGAAGAAAUAGGCAAUAAUUUUUAUAAAACAUUGUCCUAUGAAAGCAAUAACUAAAUGAUUCCAGUUUGUUGCCAUUUUUGCUUAAAUGUUUUUUUCUAGUUAAAAUAAUUUUUGUCUCAGACUGUUGAGAUGUCAGUUAAUCCCAAUUACUGUAAAAGUCCACCUUAAAUUCUUUUUUGUAAACAGAUAAUAAACACAUAAAAUGAUAAACUGUAUCUCAGUCAGUAAAAAAAAUGGCAAGGUGUUUUCUGAACUAGAAUCUUAGCACUUAAUCCUUGUCAAAUUGACAUUAACAGAAAAAUUAGGGGUAAUAUUUUUCUCUAAUAUUUGUGUUGAAUGAUGUAGUACUCAAUGUGGGUUUGAAUAUUAAAAAUAUGAAUUCUAGAGGGCCUGGAGUUCCUUCAGAUUAUAUUGCAAAAUUUAUUUUUGCUAUAAUUCAAAGAGUAACAAACAGCUGUGACCCAUUUUGAUCUGUCAGAAGUGUCCGUGUUAGUGAAUAUUUAUUUUUCUACACACAUAAGAGCCAGUGCUGCUUUUAAAAAUGUGUUCUAUGUAACAAUUUACUUUGAAUGAUUUUUCAUGAAAUUUUAAUUGCAGGGUUGAUAUAAGCGUGGUCAGUUCUAUCACUCACAUGCCAGUUCCAUGGGUUUUGUGGGAGAGUUGCCUUCUUGGAUUUUCUAUUGUUAGCUGACAUUAAAAUGAAAUGCUGUGGGAAGAAUAAAGGUGAAAAGCUUGAGUGCUGCAUUUGCCUGAGCACUGCAACGCUCACAACUCUUGAGAGAACAGUGCUUGAGCAUGGUGGGGGGUAAUACCUACUGUGAUGGAAAAUAGCAGGCUUUAUUCCACUUUGGAGCCCAUGCAGGAUGUAGUUCUAGAUACUCACUAUGCCACUUUGAUCUGUGGAAGUGUGAAAACUGCUUCAUCAUCUUGCCUCCAUGCCCGGCUAAUGCUCUUAGUGGGAGCUCAAGGAGAGCCCAGGUGCCUCUGGACUUGGCUGAUGAGUGCUGUCUGGCCACAUGGCACCCAGGCCCCAGGCAGCUAUUUAGUCAUGCUGACUGAACUUGAUUUAAACAGAGAAACAUCUCUCUCCUAACAUGAGUGUUGUGAUUUAGAACGUGACCUGCAAAUUUCUACAGGUUAGUCAAUUUGGGGAGACUUUGCCGUAAUAUUUACCAGUAAUUUUCUGUUUCAUGUGAGGCAUUUGUGAUAUGACAGAGGGGAUACAAUUGGAUCCUUAAGCAUUGAGUUCAUCUAAUUCCACACAGGGAAAGCAAACAAGAAGGCUACCUAGAGGCUGUCUUUCAGUGUUCAGAGGAAGGGAUUUUGGGGAAGGGUGUUAAGCAAGUGCUAGGUAGCCCUUUAUUCAGCAGUAAGAAAUGGUUCUGGAAAGUUGGGAUGAUAAUUGGGAGAAGUGAAAUGGAGUUAAGACUGUAUAAUCAAAUCAAAUUGAUUCUUCCUUAUUUUCCUCAUCUCUAGAGGAAGAAGAGGAUGUGAAUGAAUUGUAUAUGCUUAUCUCAUUGCAAACCUAAAUUUAUAUCCUCACUCCCCAAGGUUGCAGACCAUUGCUUUGGCACAUACAUGACACAGAGCUUCCAGGGUGGGUGGCUCAGAGGUACUUCAGAAAAGUUGUACUAGAGGUUGUCUGGGUGGCUCAGUCGGUUAUGACUUCAGCUCAGGUCAUGAUCUCACAGUUCAUGAGUUGGAGUCCUGCAUCGGGUGAGCUCAAGCCCUGUUUCGGGUGAGCACAAGCCCCACUCCUGGUGAGCCCUGCUCUCUCUCUCUGCCCCUUGUGGGAUUCUCUCUCUCUUCACCCUUGUUCACUUGCACCCUCUCUCUGUCUUAAUUAAAAACAAAAAAACAAAAACAAAACCCUAGACAUGAAAGGCACUUUUUGAGAGUUAUGAAAGGAAUGUUAAGAAGAGUGUCCUCUGUCAUCAAUGCCUAAAUUGUUUUUGUCAUUUAUUACCUCCAGCUUUAAAUUCAGUUUUCUUAUGUAAUGAGACCAGAAGUGACAAGUGCGAAUAAUCUCUGUCUAUAUUUUAUAUAAAUAUAAACAUAACAGCAUUUUUUAUACUGUUUACAUUCCCAUAGCAGGUGGUCCAGGCUUUCUGCCUUCUGCAUGCCCCCUCCCACCACAAUUCAGUGACCUCCACAGGAGACCUUGUCAUUUGCAUGCUACAAGGAAUCCCCUUGGUUUCUAGUCUUAACCAUCCCAUACUUGCGCAGUGUCCUGUCUUCUCUUUCUGUUCCGUUUAGUCUCAAGUGAAGAUGUGUCUAGUCUCCAAGUUUAAACCCUCCCUUUGUGCUUUUGAUUGUAUUCUCUCCCACAUUCUUAAGGACUUGUUCCAGCAGUAAAUUACCAUCUUGAUUUCAGUCUCUCCCUUGAUGUGGAGCCUCACACAGUGAAAAUGUUCAGAUUCUGUGGCAGAGAUUGCUAUUUGCCUAUCAAGUAUCCAGGAAUCUCCAGUUCUACUCCAGCAGCAAUGGGACCAGCCAAAAGAUUAAACUUCCAGUCUCCUUGGAGCCAUGGAUUGCCAGAUGGAGGUGGGGAAGUUGGCUGGACAAGCCUUUUCAGAGGGACAGAUGACUGGCAUGUGCCCUUUUUGGACUUAACCCCUUACUUUCUGACAGGAGUGUAGAUGUGGUUGAAGACUACUUGGGCUAUAGGGCAUCUUUAUAGAGGAAAAGUUGUAAGGAUAAUAUUCCUGAUGACCUUGUGGAACCAGUAUAAUCCAGCUCUUGACUGCCUUCUCUGGACUUUGGUUACUGGGAAAGAAGUAACUUCCGUCUUGGUCUCUCUUAGGAGCAGCUGACACAUUUCCUGAUAAUGUCACCUGGCCAUCGCCAAAGAAAACCUCAACCAUUCUAGCUUUCUACUCACCACUUUCACCUUGCUUGAUAAAACAAAAGAACAAUCUAGAUGCUCUACCUCUACUUUAUCAAUGUUGCCUUUCAGUGAUGUCAUGAAUUAGACUUUAGGGACUUUGCAUUUCCAGUGUGUGAAGGAGUAGAUACUCUGAAUAACCUGAUAAUAACUCAAAAUGUUGGAUAAUUUUUUUUAAUGUUCUUAAAUUGUUGCUGAACUGGCAAGAAAGGAAAGCAUUCUCAGAGGUCAAAAGCAGUUUGAAUUCUCAUGUUACAUGAUGUCUAAAAACUUCUCAAAGCAAGUUCUUAAAGUCAUCUUAAGCUGGUAAUGCCCCUGAGCUCAUGGCUAAAGCAACUGCAUAUCCACGCUGUAAGAACAGAGCUUUAAUGUAGUCCUCAGACACUCUUUAUAGAUAAAGCUCCAAAGGAAUGUGAGCUCAUAGUCCUAAAUCACAAACCCACAAAAUCACGGGAUGCCUCAAAUAAGGUAUCCUGAAUGAGAGCCAGUGGAAAACAGAUAGUACAGUCAGACCUGCAAAAACUUAGGAUAGUGGAAUUUUCAGAUAUAAGAUAUAAAAUGAAUAUAUUUAAUAUGUGUUUAAUAAGAGUAAGGAAUAAGAAUUCUUUAUAUAAAAAUAAAUCCCUUGUCAACCUAUGGAAGAGAGAGUGAACCGGAAAAUAGAGCCAAAUGAUUACCCAGUAGAUAACACACAAAGAUAGAUAGAAAUAUAAAAAUUAGGAAAGCAAUGUGGAGGAGAGACUGAGAAGUUCUAGCAUAAUCUUAAAAAGAGUUUUAGAAAGAAUUGGAAAUUGGUAAUAUUUGAGAAGAUAAAGACAUUUUCUAGAACCAAUGAAAGACAUGAGCCUUCAGAUUCAGAAAGCUGUAUAAGUCCUAAGCGAGUUACAGACUGUGUGUGUGUGUGUGUGUGUGUGUGUAAAACUGCAGAAUGUUGGAUUUGUGCAAGUAGUCAGAAAAGUCAUUACCCAAAACAGAGUAAUGGUAGGGCUUACUGACUUCUCAGCAGCAAGGAAAGCCAGAAAGAUGGCCAGUAUCAGUGGUUGAAGAAAAACAAAAACUACUAACCAAGAAUCAAUACCCAGUGAAUCUAUAUUUUUGGAAGUGAGGAUUAAUAGACAUUUCCAACAGAAUGAGUAGUUUUGUCAUCAGUAGACUCUCAGUUUAGAAGAUGAGUGAUGCAGAAGGACCACCAUCUGUUGAAAGGUCUGAAGUUCAAGAAAGGAUCGUGACCAAAAAAAUAUGGGUAAAUCUGAGUGAACUUUGACUUACAACAGUACAAAUAAUGCCUUAUUUGUGAUAUUAAAAGCAAGAUGGAUCUUAAAAAACAAGACAAAAUAGGGUACACGUUGAAGGCUUAAUUGGAGUUCAAAUGUUCUUAGACCCUUAAAAAGUAGAUUUAGGAGGUUGGCAAAGAUACACGUGUAAGAAAUAUUUCAUUCAAGGUAACAAUAAAAGAAAAUGAGUGUGUAACUUUUAAAGUAGUGGGGGCAUGGAGGGUGGGAACCUCUUAAUUUAAAAGAAGACC